AUGCACGCCCGAUACGCUCGUCAUCAGAGCAGUCCGUCGUACCACCCGCAGCACUCGACUUCGUCGUCGUCGUCGUCGUCACCGCAGUACACGUCCAAGUACAGCAGUGCUUACGAUGGCUACUCGUCUCCGGUAAAGCCGACGACGACGUCGUACCAGCCACGGAGCUACGCCGAGUACUACCCGUCGCCCUCCAGUCCGACAACGUACUACAACUCGCAGCAGCACCACCACCACCACCAUCAGCACCAGUCUCAGCCGUACCAGCAGCAGCAUACAAAGUACUACCCAUCGGGUGCGUCCACUGCGUCGUCGUCGUCGCAGGAAGGACCUUUCUAUGCUGACGAGCUGGACGAGCUGGACGACUACAACAUGGGCAUGGCGAGUGCCGACAUGACGACGAUUCCGACGGUCCCGACGCCGAUGAAGCUGAGCAAGUACGAGCUCGGCAAGACACCGUCGGGUCGGGUCAUGGUCACUGCUGGGAACCAGACGGUCGAGUUCUUCUUGAGUGUAGCGAACGCACCACUGUCGCGGUGUAUGAUCGUGCACGAGUAG